UUGUUCCGCCGGGGGAGGACAGCGGGGCCUGGCGCUGGCGCCCCGACGCCGCUUAGCGGCCGCCUCUGGAGACACUCUGUCCCCGCCGCCUCCUGUCCUCCUGGCGGCGGCGGCGGCGUGAGACCGGCUGCGGGGACCGGGAGCCACUCGGCCCUCCCCGAUCCCCCGCUCGGGCGUGCGGGACGGCCGCGAUGCGCUCGGCCUGAGGUGUCGCGGCCCCCGUCGCCUCCCACGACUCCUCGAGCGGCGUCCGUGCGCCCCGGCGUCAUCCCGCGAGUCUGUGUGACGGGAGGGAAGAUGGCUGCACGGAGCUGGCAGGACGAGCUGGCCCAGCAGGCCGAGGAGGGCUCUGCCCGGCUGCGGGAGUUGCUGUCGGCCGGCCUCGGUUUCCUGCGCACCGAACUGGGCCUCGACCUGGGACUGGAGCCGAAGCGGUACCCGGGCUGGGUGAUCCUGGUGGGCACCGGCGCGCUCGGGCUGCUGCUGCUCUUCCUGCUCGGCUACGGCUGGGCCGCGGCUUGCGCCGGCGCCCGCAAGAAGCGGAGGAGCCCGCCCCGCAAGCGGGAGGAGACGGCCGCGUCAGCCCCGGCCCCCGAAGACCCAGCCCAGCUGAAGACUCUCAGAAGCGACGAGCAGAAGAAGAAGAACCGGAAGAAGCCGCCAGAAAAGCCCAAAUCAAAUGGACGGACUGUUGAAGUACCUGAGGAUGAAGUUGUUAGAACUCCUCGAAGUAUAACAGCAAAGCAGCCACCAGAGACAGACAAGAAAAAUGAAAAGUCAAAGAAAAAUAAGAAGAAAUCAAAGUCAGAUGCAAAAGCAGUGCAAAACAGUUCACGCCAUGAUGGAAAGGAAGUUGAUGAAGGAGCCUGGGAAACUAAAAUUAGUCACAGAGAGAAACGACAACAGCGUAAACGUGAUAAAGUGCUGACUGAUUCUGGUUCAUUGGAUUCAACUAUCCCUGGGAUAGAAAAUACCAUCACAGUUACCACCGAGCAACUUACAACUGCAUCAUUUCCUGUUGGUUCCAAGAAGAAUAAAGGUGAUUCUCAUCUAAAUGUUCAAGUUAGCAACUUUAAAUCGGGAAAAGGAGAUUCUGCACUUCAGGUUUCUUCGGGAUUGAAUGAAAAUCUUACUGUCAAUGGAGGAGGCUGGAAUGAAAAGUCUGUGAAACUCUCCUCACAGAUGAGUGCAGGGGAGGAGAAGUGGAACUCUGUUCCACCUGCUUCUGCAGGCAAGAGAAAAACAGAGCCGUCUGCUUGGACUCAAGACCCUGCUGAUGCUAAUGCCAAUGGGAAAGACUGGGGAAGGAACUGGAGUGAUCGUUCAAUAUUUUCUGGCAUUGGGUCUACUGCUGAGCCAGUUUCUCAGUCUACCACUUCUGAUUAUCAGUGGGAUGUUAGCCGUAAUCAACCCUAUAUCGAUGAUGAAUGGUCUGGGUUAAAUGGUUUGUCUUCUGCUGAUCCCAGCUCAGACUGGAAUGCACCAGCAGAGGAGUGGGGGAACUGGGUAGAUGAAGAAAGAGCUUCACUUCUGAAGUCCCAGGAGCCUAUCCCUAAUGAUCAAAGAGUCUCAGAUGAUGAUAAAGAAAAAGGAGAGGGAGUUCUUCCAACUGGAAAAUCUAAAAAAAAGAAAAAGAAAAAGAAGAAGCAAGGUGAAGAUAACGCUCUCUCACAGGACACAGAAGAACUAGAAAAAGACAAUGGAGAAGAGCUUCCUGUGAAUACCUCCAAAGCCCAUCCAAAACAGGAGAGAGCGUUUUCCCUGAAGACCGUGAGCACUAGUGAUCCAGCUGAAGUACUCGUCAAAAAUAGCCAGCCUAUCAAGACUCUUCCACCUGCUGUCUCUACCGAGCCAUCUGUCACCUUAUCCAAAGGUGACUCUGACAAGAGCUCUUCCCAAGUGCCAUCGAUGUUACCAGACACAGACAAACCCAAGUCAAAUCCUAAGCAAAACAGUGUGCCUCCCUCGCAGACCAAGUCUGAAACUAACUGGGAAUCUCCAAAACAAAUAAAAAAGAAGAAAAAAGCCAGACGGGAAACGUGAAUUUUUUUUCCUGAAUUGGACAUGUGUUUACAAACACUGUCUUGAAGAUUAUGCUGUUUAUGCAAUAAUUUGUGAACAUGUACAGAGUUUUAUAUAAAUUUAAACCAAUUUUUAAAACAAAACUGAAUUCAACACCAUAAAAUGGAAUCAAAGGAAAGUUAAUUUAUGAGAUUAAGAGGUGAACAGAAUACAUACUACAGUGCUGGAAGACACUUGGGAGAAUCUUUUCAGUUGAACGAGAAUGAUCUUAAUUGAAGAAUAUUAUCUGGUUUUACAACAGUUCCCUGUUUACAACAGAUUGUGCCGUCUCAUCUGCAGCUGAGGAAUAGUGGAUUCUAAUUAGGAAGAAGGCCGCCUAAAAACCAGUAGGCAGCUCCUUGGAUCUUAUGCACGAACUUAGACCAUUUGAAUCUGUUUUAUGCUUAAAUCAAAGUGCUUCAAUCAAAUGCGUAAUCUGCCAUAUCUUUACAUAUUUGUUGUAGCAAUUUGUAUGAAAAGAAUCACAAGUGCAAAUAAAAAGUCAUCUAUCAUUUGUUAACUAAACUGUCUUGGUUUAGUUUACAGUUCUUAAAAAGUUCUUAAUUAAAACAUUGAAAAAUGCAAUUGACUUGUAUGGCUUAAAAAGUUAUUUUUGAUAGUCUUACAUUACUUGAAUUAUUCAAAGUAACCGUAUAUUUUAAAUUAAGAAAGGUAAACUAUAUUAUUUGUUCAAUAUGAUUAAGACUAAGACUUACAAAUAAUGCUCUUGUUUAUGAUUUGAAAACUUUCAGGCAAAAUCCAAACUUAAUAUUUUCCUUUCCCUAGCAGUUUUUCCAGUGUCGAUUCUUAGUUGCUAGUAAUUUUUUUUUACUUUGAAAAUGAAGUAAUUUACAACUUUUGAACAUAUGAUGGAGAAUGGAAAAGUAGUCAGACAGCUUUAAUUGACAUUGUCGAGACCUCCAGUUAUCAGGAAUACAUUUUUUACUGCCUUAACCUGUAGUGCGUAGAAUAUGCAUCAAUUUCUUGAAGGGGAUUCAUGUUUUUCUAAGAAUUUUCAUGUACCUAUUGCAAUUGUGGUCAAAAAAGGAACAUUUUCUGCUUGAAACUGUUGGUUUAAAUGACGUGUGAUCUGUCACCGUUUACAGGCACUGUGUGAUCUCUAGGAAACUGGCAGGCCCCUCUGUAACUGUUGAUAGUGCAUGCGUGGCCAUGUACACUGUAAAUAGCCUUUACCACACGUGUUUGACAAGGACCAUACUUAACAUCACUUAUGAAUCGUGAUAAAGAAAAAAGCCAUGGUUUA